CAUAGUCGAAUAAAUAUAUCUCUCGUUGCGCAUACAUGUGCACUGAGGUGGACUCUUAUUUUUUUAAAAAAACGUAUUACGAUGCAUUGGUCGUUAUCGUCAGACCUAAAAGCACAGCAACGUUUGCAAUUGCAAUGACUCGUGGUUAUUACUUUAUUUUUUCCUAAAAUCCAAUCGCAUUUACCCAAUUUGACAUCUGAAAUGAGCCGUCUUAUUUUUACCGGAAGCACCCCUGUCACCAUCUAAUUCUUUUUUCUUUUCCCCCUUUUUUCGAUUUGGUAAACGGAACAGUUGUGAUGAACCUGGCACUGUUGGCGAGACACAUUACGACGGUGAUACUGUCCUACCCCGGGACCCGUAGUUCCUUUAUUUACGGAAACGAGUCUGUCGAAAACUUUAACGUGAUGAACAUUACUAUUUGUUGAAUUUGCAUUCUACGUAAAUGGUCGGCUGUUAAGCGACAAUGUUUGGGUGGAACGAACCCCGGUGUGUAACGUUUCGAUUGGUAAAUGUUGCGGUGGUUGAUCAGGUACCUGGACGUCUAUACAAGCUAACGUGCUAACGCUGAAUGCAACAUCAGUUCACGAACAAAGCCCAAGAACAGAGGCCCUCUCGCGUUUCUACAGCCGCGUAUGUUAUUACUAGUUUGGCGUUCAGGGUAUAAAUAUGGCCGAGACUAUCGUAACGUUUCAGACUCAACUUUCGGGGGUCAUGGAGACGGUGUUCAAGGCCGCUAUGUAUGAAAUAACCCGUCUAGUGGAGGAGAGUUUUCUGGAAGAAGUGACGCGAUGCCGGGAGCAAGUCGAGGCCCUUGAGACCAAACUAAAAUGGUCAGAGAGUCGACGGAAAGACGAAGAUCAUACAUGUCGAUGUUCGGGUUGUGGAAGAGUCUCAUUUGACAAGACGUCGAUGAAACCAACAGAGAAGGUUUUGAAACAAGAGUGUGAACUUGAAGAUGAAACAUUCAACCCCAGCAAAGACGCUGAGCUUUCCUAUAACACGGAGACCAACAUUGACAUUAAGACAUCUCAGUCCCCUAUAGAGGAGCAGCUUGAGGAGGAGCAUGGUGUUUCCACCGCUGAGGAGCGAUGGGGCGACUUUUCAAAUGAGAGUUUGCCAGGGCUGGACAAACGCAGCAUAGAUGACAAGUGUUUUGUCCACUGGGAGGAAAACCCAAUCUCAAGCCCUGAGUCAAAACAAAAUGUCAAGGCAUCAGAAGAUCUGUUCCAGAAUGAGCAUGGUGUUGAAGACUUGAGCGGCUAUGACAGAAAUAAUUAUGAGGCGACCAUGGCGACCGUGCAAGGCUCCCAACCUCACCCGUCUGAGGACAUGAGUUACGUCAACCCGUGUGAUGGUGGUAUAGACACAGCAGAGGUGUCUGAUGCUCGCACUUUCCAAGCUGCGACUGGUAGAAACAGGAGUUCGGCUGCAGGAAUCCCCUCAAGGACUGAUGUGAGCAGAGAAUUCAGUUGCUUGCUUAUCAACAAGGACGGUUUCCUGCAGGACCACUGUGUCAUGCAGGACGCACAUACGUCUAGUCAUUCAAAUGUGGUGAUCAGAGGCCAGAACAAGGGAACCCUCAGAGACACAUCUGUACGUGAUAUAUACAGGUAUUCAGAAACACACCAAGCUAGCGAUCGCAUUCCUGCAGGAGACUCGACUACGGGGAUUGAGGAGGGAAGUCAAACAUUUCAGCAAUCCAUCUCCUUCACUGCUGCUAGCUCUGUUAAAGCACACAGUCAAGGACUGAAAAGCUUGGGACACGGGACGACUUAUUCCUGCGGACAGUGUGGAAAAACCUUCAGCCAGGCUUCUAAUCUCAAAGUCCACCAGCGGAUCCACUCAGGUCACCUCUGCAGCCACUGCGGGAAAUCUUUCAACUCCUUCACUGAGGUAAAGAAGCACAAAUGUGGGCAGAUGAGCAAUAAGCCAUACUGUUGUUCCAUCUGUGGAAAUAAAUUCAGUCGCCUGUGGAACUUGAAGCUGCACCAGAGGAUCCACACUCAGGAGAAACCUCACCAAUGCAGCAUGUGUGACAAAAGCUUCACUCGAGCAGACAUCCUGAAGGUUCACCAGCGAACACAUACGGGAGAGAGACCAUAUAGCUGCAUGGUGUGUGGUCUCAGCUUCAAAAGACUCGAUCAUUUGAAAUCACACCAGCGCAAACACUUGACCAGCUUAUAGACAAUAGGUGCAUUCCUAGUGCAAAACUGUCUAAAGAUAUAAAAUGAUCUUUGGAAAUAACUCUUUGGAUGGAAAUAAUUGUUCUUGGGUUUUUUUGCAUCAAAACCACAAGAACAGAAUCUUUGAGGUGUCUUUGUCAAUAUAUAUCUUCCAGUGAAAAUAUUAAGACUUCAUUGAUCAUGGAGAAAAUGUAUUUUUUUUAUUUGAGAAAUUAACCCAAAUAAAGACUUUUCAGGCCUAAAUUAAAUCCAUAGUUUUUAUUUUUAUUAUUAUUGAAAUGUGUCUUCUCUUGGCAAGUGGUGAAAUUGGAUGAAAGCUGUGAAUUCUAGUGAGAGGCCAUUUUUAAAGUCAAUUAAGCUUCAAAAAUGUUAAAAAGUAUACAAGCUUCUUCAGACUCAAGUCAAUCAGCUGUCAUGAAUUGCGCUUGUGGUGUCUUUAUUUUAGCUGUCACAUGGAGCUUUGACAAGUCACUGUGUGAAUAUGCGACACACACAGUAUGUCAUGAUAGUAUCAUGAUUAGUAUUAUAAUGAUGCUGGCUUCUUUUGUUCUUGUGUCACUUUGUCCUUUCAUUAAAGAUAGCCUUGACUUAAGUGUGCUUCAAUCUGAUGUUGCUCUCUAAGGUACCUUUCAUUGGCAAUAACACACUGUAUACGUAUAUAUAGUUAUUUUUUUCCAUACUCAUACUAAUGUCAUCUUCAGAACUGGUGUUUGACUUAAAUACCCAGUGAUUUCCAAGGACUGAUGUUAAAGUGCUUCAUCAUGUAGC